UUUUGCUUCUGGGUUUGCGUAUUUGAAGGCUGAAUCGCUCUCAAAUUCGUAUUCUCACUGGUCGUGGUGGAGAUCAUCUUCGUUCAUCGCAAAAGACAGAAUAUGACUACAUUAGAUGUCACCAGAGCCGAGCUUGCCCUUAUAGUUCUGUAUCUGAACAAGGCAGAAGCAAGGGAUAAGUUAUGCAGGGCUAUUCAGUAUGGCUCGAAAUUCUUGAGCGGCGGAUUGCCCGGCACCGCCCAAAAUGUCGACAAAUCCACCAGUUUGGCCCGGAAAGUUUUCCGUCUUUUCAAGUUUGUCAAUGAUUUGCACGGUCUUAUCAGCCCUGUGCCGAAAGGGACUCCUCUCCCUCUUGUUUUACUCGGCAAGUCCAAGAAUGCCCUGCUGUCUACCUUCUUGUUCCUCGAUCAAAUCGUCUGGCUUGGUAGAUCAGGAAUAUAUAAGAACAAAGAACGAAGUGAACUGCUUGGACGCAUAUCACUUUUCUGCUGGAUGGGAUCCUCUGUCUGUACAACCUUGGUCGAGAUUGGUGAGCUUGGAAGGCUGUCUUCAUCUAUGAAGAAGAUCGAAAAGGAACUCAAGGGCGGCGACAAGAAUCAAUUUCACAAUGCAAUGCAGAACGAGCAGUACCGUGCAAAGCACCAAAAAUCGAACGAGAGGACUCUGGCUCUGAUUAAAUCGGGCAUGGACAUUGUUGUUGCUGUUGGUCUGCUUCAGCUGGCUCCUAAGAAGGUCACUCCUCGUGUCACGGGCGCUUUCGGGUUUGUCACUUCCCUCAUUUCAUGUUAUCAGCUGCUCCCGCCUCGCCCAAAGGCCAAGACACCCUGAAGCUGAAGAAGAUGUGGGUUUGGUCUGAAUAAUUGGUUCGGAAUUCAUUACUCUGCAGUCUGCAAGCAAAACUUUUGCUGUGUAAGGUCGCCUCGGAACAGAAGUCUCUCCUCUCUGUUGGUCUUUUAGUAAUUUGCUGCUGUUACACAUCGUGAUACACUUUUGCAGGAAUGAUAAUAAUAAUAAUAAUAAUAAAAGUAUUUGAUCAUAAGAUA